CGCACGUGGCUGUAUGUCGGUGAUAUUUUUAGUAACGUAAAUAAUCUUGAGGUCUUAAUUUAUUUUUUAAAAUUUAUUGAGAAGAAAUCUUUUCAAACUAUAUUUUGCGGAAGUGAGCUUAGCUUCGAACAAGCUGUCGCAGAGUGAUGUAACAAGUCCUUUGUCAUAGUGGAAGAAAAUUAAAAAGUUAUUUUGACAAAUCGUACGUCAUUCGUUCAAAAUGGCGGUGGAGGUGCAAUGCGGUGUUUCCGCGGAAACGAAAAAUAUGGAAUUAUAAUUUAAACACAAGCAAAUUCAAUAAAAAAUGAUAGUGAGUGUGGUUUGGUAGUACUCUACUUGUAUAAUAAAUUGUCUUCAUCCUUAUAAAUUGUCCGAAGUUGUUUUGUUCGUGUUCAUAACGUGAUGUUGCGGCGAGUAAACUUUUACUCAAUAUGUUUCGCAUUCGGUCUCAGUGUUCUUCUUAUUCUUGCUGGAAGUCGAUAUGCAGAUAACACAUAUUAUCGUCCGUCCAUCGAAAGCCGGAGAAAUAUUAGGAAUUUUUUAAAAGUUGAAGAUGGAGAAGAACCCUAUACGCAGCAUAUACCCACAAUGCAGUACGAUGGCUCCCCGGACAUCAAGAAGCUGCUGGAGAAAACACGAUCAAAAAUCAAAUAUCAGCUCUCUAAGUAUAACUUUACUGAAUCUGGUGUUCAUACUUUAGAAGAUUUAGUGAUAGAAUCUGGGGGACGGCCACUGCAAAGUUUAAUUAUAUCAACAUGGAGAUCAGGAACUACAUUUCUUGGAGAGAUUUUAAAUGCGAUUCCAGGUACAUAUUACCAUUAUGAACCAUUACUUAAGUAUGGAAUUAUACAAAUAAGGGGGCCACCAGAGUCUGAGCAAGCUUUGAGUACAAUAAGAGCAAUGCUGAAAUGUAAUUAUGAUGGCUUAGAGGAUUACUUUAAGUAUGGUAGCAGGCACUCGAAUCAGUUUAGCCAUAACACCAGACUAUGGGACCAUUGUAAAUAUAAGAAAGAAUUGUGUUAUGAUGCUGAAUUUACAUCGCGGUUAUGUAAGCUGUUUCCUUUCCAUACCAUGAAGGUUGUAAGAUUAAGAUUGCGGCUUAUACAGGAAAUUCUGGAUGACAAAGAGCUUAACGUGAAAGUUAUACUGUUAAUCCGUGAUCCUCGCGGUGUGAUGCAGUCCAGGCAGCACCGUAACUUCUGUCAGCCAGCUCCGGACUGCUGGGAGCCGUCACUAGUCUGUGCUGAUAUGAUCAGCGACUAUGUGGCUGCAGGACGAAUACAGCAGCAGUAUCCUGACAGCCUUCUGGUUCUGCGUUACGAAGAACUAGCACUGAAGCCUAAUAUUACUACUCAUCGAAUUUUAAAGUUCCUACGGCUUAGUGCCACGCAAUCGAUCGACGAGUUCCUUCAGUCGCAUACCAAUGUGGAGGUGGCCGGCGUUAGUUCCACCUUCCGAGUGUCCCGAGAUGUGCCUUUCAGGUGGAAGAAUGCACUGGACUUCACUUAUGUGGAUGAGAUACAGAUGGCGUGCAAAGAAGCUAUGCUGUUGUGGGGUUACAAGUUGGCGAACAACGAGACCCAUAUGAAAAGCAAAGAUUUUAACCCCUUGGACGAUUAUACAAUCUCACAGUGAACAUAAUACUAUAUCCACUAUAAAAAUCGGAACAUUUCACAUCGACUUUUUACAUAAUAUACACGUGAGGAGUAAAUAUAUUCAUAUUUUAAAAUGUUCCAUAACUUUUGCUCCAUAAAAAAAGAGUUGGCUGUUUCUUAAUAUUUAGAGUGGCGUUGCUAUUGCAAGAAUUAAGGUAUUUAUUUGGAGCCUAGUAUUGGCUUUUCUCAUCGUUUUAAUGUAAACAAAUUGUAUUAUUGACAACGUAACUAAUAGUUUUAAAUAAUUUAUGAACAAUGUCAAGGGGAAAUAAUCGUGGUAGCUAAAUUACAUUGUGAAUACGUCAUUUUAUGUUAUUGUUAUAUUAUGUAUUAGUCUUAUGUAAUAUGGUGUCGAAGAUAACUUGUCAAAUGAUAGGUUUUUCUAUACCAUUUCAAAAGUUCCUUUAGCAGGAAGUUGUGUAUAUGACGACUUUCAAUGUUCGUACACGUUAAUAAUCUUUCUGUAAAGUAAUAAAGCUAAAAAAUAUCUAGCUUGCUUAUACUGCAAAUGAAGUUUAAAAAACCAAGCUUUCUGAGAGCAAGGCCUCAUUGGAACAUUAGACAACACUAUCAUUUGACAUUAUCGUGAAUGGCACCUAGUAUUUAGUAUUAUUAUACAAAAUUCAACAUCGAAUUAUUAAUCUCAUGUUAUUCAUUAAUUUAGGCCCAUGCUAGUUGAUUUUCUUACUAUUAAUUUAUAUUUAAGACUGAUCAUGUUUCUAUCGCUCCUAUACUUCCAUACAUUUUACACGACUAAAGUUUGCGCUUUUGUACGUUAUAUUCCAAUGGGAAUAGUACUUGGUAGUUAUAAUUAGUGAACUCUGGUUGUGUAUAGCACUGCGGGUAUGUCAUUAUAUCAAAAUGUAAAAGAUGGACCAUAACGAUGUUGGCGUACAAAUUGUUCGAACAUUAUCACUCCUAUUUAUGGACAGGCGAGUGUUCUAGCAAUUUGACUCCUCAUUCAUUUAUUGCAUUUAAUUAUUAAGCUUAGGCAACUUCGCACUCACGGAAUUGACCGAUUGUUAAUGCUUCCAUUGUAGACACGAAUAGUUUAGAGAUGCGUUAUUUUGAUUAGGAAUUAAACGUAAGUGUGAGUCAUACGAUGCGAUACUAUCUAGCCUUACUCUGAAGCAGUUCAAUAUUACCACAGUCUGCAUAAUAUUUAGAUAACGCAGACGGAUUUGUUGCGUACGAUAAGUUAUUGAACGAAGAGAAUGACACGUAAAACUAAUAGGUAAUUUUUACCUGUAUCAAAAUGAGUGAUUGAAACUACACGUUUUUUAUCACUGUGGACCAGUCGCAUCACCUAAAUUAUAAUACUAAGUCUAAAUUAAAGUACUAAGAGCAAUAAUUGUAAGAUGAUGCAACUGACCCCAAGCAGUAUGUACACUGUGGUAAUUCAGCAAUAUUUAUACGAUAAUCUGUCAAAGUUUUAAGCUUAUCAGUCUGAAUAGAAAAUAACAUUGAAAGUAGUAUCGUCCAAUACCACGCUAAGACAUGACAUGACCUCGUUAAGUAAUCAAUUAAAUAGCAAUCUUGAGCAAUUAUUGAAAAUCUGCUGAUUAAUUAGAAUUAAGUCGAUUAGCUCUCAUAUAUUAGACACUAAAUAAUAAAAAUAAAUAAAUAAUUUAGUGAGACGAUCUCAAGUCAGAGGCUGUCAAGCUGAAGCCUGUUGUGAUACGAAUAUGAGAAAAAAUGAUGCUAGACUGCUCUAUUCAAUACACCAUCCCAAACACCAAUUUUUAAGUACAUAGUAAUAUUAAGCAUAUCGCGUGUGAACGCCAGAUAGAAGUUCUAUUUACUCACAUGUCCUGUGUUAACAAUAUGGAGUCAAUAAGUGAAUGUAAUCUCCGUCCAAGAGACAAAAUACGAUCCACGAUUUGUAACGGCCAACUAAACUAUCGAUAUCGGCAAGCCGUCAAGUUCCUCAAACGAUACGUAACGAUGAAUAACUUGAAACAAUAACGUAAACUUACAUUAUUAGGUGCGGAUAUGUUCAUACACGUUUAUAUAUUUAGCACAAAUAGUCUACUGUCCAAAAUAUUUACCCAAUAGGCAUGGCGGAUAAUAUUAUGAUAGUCAGAGAUUUUCUAAUUCGUAAAUAUUUAUAUUUAAAACAGGCGGGAUAACUAACUUACUAAGGGCUGAUUCUUUAAAAUCUGAUUACCUUUAUUUUGCAGGAUAAACAUUAAAGUUUUAAAAAUGAUGAUAAAAAAUAGGGCAGACUAUCAAUCAAGUCUUUUUUACAGGUAAAGAUAUUAUUUAAAUCUAAAUCAGCCCUUGAUACGUCACUGCUUAUACACAAUUUUUUACCCAUCUGAAUCUAAAAGGUGUUUAUUUUAAUAAUUGUCUGCAUCUAAUGAUACACAUACAUACAUCUGAUUAAAAUAUCAUGAAGAAUUAAGGGUGACAAUAACGAAAGAAAAAUGAUAUUUAUUUACCCGAAUCUCUGAACAAAAUUACGAGUCAUUUUAUGAUGGAAACGGAAUUCAUUAAGGUCUAGUCAUUUGCUUUUAGAUAGCAUAUUGGGGACUAACUUAUGCUUGCAUACAACUAAGUACAUGAAUGCAAAAUUAAAUAUUAUGCUCAGUUGUCAUAUCGACAUACAUGUGAUGCCUACAAUCGUAUACGUCAUAGCGUUACUUGUGCCCCAUGUAGUUGGAUCCUAGACGAGUAAAUGUAUACUUUGUGCGGUACUUAUUGUACCAGGUAUCGUAGAUACUACAUAUUUCUAGAAUGUUUAUGUAUGCAAACAGUAAAUAGACGACGCACAAACUAUGUACAAGUAAUAAUCAUUAUUACCGCGGACCACUUACAUGGGACAUCUAGUAUUUCUGUAGGUAUAAGUACGCUAAUUAUAACUCGAACAAAUGGAACUAAUAAUGUAGUGAGAAGUCAUUAAGUGCACUUGAUUAUAAAGUAGUAACAAUUAGGAUUAAACAUUUGAUUAGAUCAACAACUUAAGUUUUAAUGUAAUCAGUUUUUCCCGUAUCAAUACUUUAGUCACUUUAAAAUAAUUACUACUUGUAUCUAUACUUGCAGUUUUACGUAAAACUAUAUUACAUUAAAUUAAUGUAACAUUACUUUUAUAUUCUCAUCAAAGCUAUAAGCUUCCAAAAAAUACUUUACAUGCCUACUAAGUACUGGAAGUUAUGUAAUUUAAUACAUAAUUUCAUCAUUAUGUACCUAAUAUAAUUUUGAUCUUGUCUCUCUAAAAUAGUUAGUUAUGUAUACUGUGACUGGUGCGCCCGAGUGAGACACGCCGACGCGUCACACUCUGGCACGCCAGCUCUAAGGAAUGAAGCUUACAAAUACUUAAUGUCAAUAAAAUGCCAUCAAUUACUAAAUAAGAUAACAUGCUUCCUGAUAGAUUGGACAAUAUAAAAAUAUUCAGUUAUGCCUUAACGAAAUACUGGUAGUGAUAUAGGUAAGAUUUAUUAUUGAAUUGCAUGUUAGUUAUAUUAUACAUAAUAAUGGUUUAUAAAAUAAAACUUCUGGUGGCUGGCUGGACCCAGUGUAGAUUUUUUAUCAUAUCAUUAGCAUAUCAUAAGGUAUACACUUAUUAUAAAAUGUUUAUUCAUGACAAGUUUGCUUACAAACAUGAUAUUGUUAAUGCUCUCUUUACUUGAACUGUGUGAUAUUUCGGUUGUACCUACUUAGUUUGUUUGGGUGUCAAAUCAAUCGUUUGUGUAGGUUAUGUAUUUUGUACGAGUGCCCAGGUUUAGAUGCGUGCGUUGAUAGGGUAGGUACUAGGUGUCGAAUUAUAAAUCAAUUAAUUGUUUUUUGUAAGGAUGCUAGCGAUUUUAUAUCAGUGCAUUAUAUCCGGAAUUCCACUUGUAUUCAGAAUUCCAAAAUAUGUAUAACUACUUUGAGUUAUAUCGUGCAAUACAACUUUAUGCAAGCAAUAAUAAUAAACUGCAUUAAUUGGCCCUUACUUAAGAGUGGAAGUGUAGACUUUAAGGGUAGCCUUAUUAGAAUAAGAGUUACGAUUGAAUGACUAAGAAUGUUGAAGUUUUAAUCUAUAGAUUGUAAUAGCACAGCCGGCGUUAUAAUUGCAAACAUUGUAUUAUCUUUUUUAUUUGAAGUUAAUAAAGUUACAACAAA